AUGGACGCCAAAGCUUUGUUCAAACUUUUUACCAAGUUUGGGAUCGUGAAGGAUGCUUUCAUCCCUUUUAAAAGAAGGAAAACGACAAACUUAAGAUUCGGGUUUGUGCUUUAUGACUGUCGUAUAGCUGCAUCUGUUACCAUCCAAAAAGCGAAUGGCCUUUUGGUGGAUGAUAUGAUGUUUGUGGUCAAAAUGGCUACCUAUGAUAGGAAUAGCAGAACUGAACAGAGCAAGAGAAAGUCUCAGGAUACCAGAAGAUGCUUGGAUACAACUAAUAUCAAGGGCAAAGCUACAUAUGUGGGGCACAGAUCUUUUGCUGAUGUACUAAAAGGGGACACCUCUAUAGUGGAAGGGAACACAAAUAUAAUCAUAAAAGCCAAAGAAGAGGGCAAUGGUAGGCUUUACGAAAGUGCAAUCAAAAAAAUAACAUCAAGUUGA